CUAGGCCACAUUCCUUCCUUCAACAUGAUCUUUCCCUGCUCUUUUUAUCUUUUCUCCUCCUGUAUCACAUCUUCUUUCCUCUUAAACUCCAUUCCAGUAUACAAUGAUCAUGCAAGGAACGCAAGGAGAAGUCAUCUGGCCUAGACUGGUUGUUAAUAAGAUCCUGCGGAAGAGAUUGGGUAGCAACAAUUUUGUUCGAGACUUUUCAAACAAUACUGAAAGUUUACUAGAAGUUCCAAGUUCAGAUCAAGAACUUCCCAACCACAAAACAGUUUUCAGUGAUGAUCCCAAAUAUAUACCUAAUUACAAAUUGUUUGUUAGUACCUGGAAUGUUGGAGGAGUUGAACCACCAGAGAAUUUGAACUUGGAGGAUCUGCUGGACACAAACAAUAAUCCUUGUGACAUAUAUGUUCUUGGGUUCCAAGAAAUUGUAACUCUCACUGCUGGGAACAUUCUAGGCUCUGAAAACACUAAGAUUUGUAUGAAAUGGAUUUCUUUGAUAAGAGAAGCUCUAAACAAGAGAAUAAUUACCACAUCAGAUAAAAAAGGUUACCCAGUCAAUAAGGGAGACAAUUCGAAGAAGAGCUUCCAAUGCAUCAUAAGUAAACAAAUGGUUGGAAUAUUUAUAUCAGUUUGGAUUCGAAGUGAUCUUCGUCGCUACAUAAGGAAUGAGAGUGUGUCAUGUGUGGGCUGUGGUAUCAUUGGUUGCCUAGGAAAUAAGGGGUCAGUGUCCGUUCGAUUUUGUUUGGAAGAAACAAGUUUUUGCUUUGUGUGUACACAUCUAGCUUCUGGAGGGAAAGAAGGAGAUGAGAGACAUAGAAACACAAAUGCAGAAGAAAUUUUGUCUCGGACAAGCUUUCCUCAUGGUCCCUCACUUAAUUUGCCGCGGACAAUUCUAGAUCAUGAUCGCAUAAUAUUGCUUGGUGACUUGAAUUAUAGAAUAUCCUUACCAGAGCCAAUAACACGAUCUUUUGUAGAGAAAAAAGAAUGGAAUGUAUUAUUACAAAGAGAUCAGCUAAUGGUGGAACUCAUGGAGGGACGAGUAUUUGAAGGUUGGAGUGAAGGGGUGAUCGAAUUUGCUCCCACAUAUAAGUACUAUCCCAAUUCUGAUGUAUAUUAUGGAUGUGAUGAAGCUAAAAAGGGUGAAAAAAGGAGAGCUCCUGCAUGGUGCGAUCGGAUUCUUUGGUUCGGGAAGGGAUUGAAGCAGAACCAGUACAAUAGAGGUGAAUCAAUGUUGUCUGAUCACAGACCCGUCCGAGCAAUUUUUACAGCUGAGGUUGAGGUCUUAGGAACUUUAAAAGGAUCAAUUGAAAGGGUCUUCUUAUCAGACAGACAUGUAGAAGGUCUACCGGACCAUUUUGAUGUGUGUCCAACAGAUAAAUUUCAAUUUAGUAGAAGAUCAAGCUUCAAAAUUUGAGGACAAAAUAUAAAUUAUAUAGUGUUGCAUUAACU